GCGUUAUCAGGUGAUCUCCAGCCCAGGCGGCCGCCACCCCCUGCACCCAGCGGAAAAUGCAAAAUGGCCCUCUGGGACUGUGAGGGGCCGCGGCUCCCAGCCCGGGCCUGCCGCACCCCCAGCCCGCAGCCUGCGGGCGGCAGCGCCGCGCCGGGUCCGGGUGUAGCCCCCUCCCGCCCCUCCGCCGGGGCCCCGGCCUGAGCCCCCCACCCCCAGCACCCCGGCGUCCACAUGGGUCUGUGCUACAGUCUACGACCGCUGCUCUUCGGGGAUCCGGAGGACGUCUCCCGCGCCGCCUCGGAAGCGCCUGCGGAAGACGUGCGGCCCGGCCCGGCCCCGGCCCCGACCCCCGCCCGGGCCCCGGCGGCGGUCGGGGGAGACGCGGUCCCGACCCCGCUCCCUCGGGGCGCCGGCGGGAGCCCGGCGUGUACGCGGCCCAAAGCCGCCCCGAAGAAGGAGCGGCGGCGGCGUCCGGAGCAGCUGCGAGCCGAGGAGCGCGAGGCCGAGCGCGAGGCGAAGAAGGUCAGCAGGAGCAUCGACCGCAUGCUCCGCGAGCAGAAGCGCGACCUGCAGCAGACGCACCGGCUGCUACUGCUGGGGGCUGGUGAGUCUGGGAAGAGCACGAUCGUCAAACAAAUGAGGAUCCUGCAUGUCAAUGGAUUUAAUCCUGAAGAGAAGAAACAGAAAAUUCUGGACAUCCGGAAAAAUGUUAAAGAUGCUAUUGUGACAAUUGUUUCAGCAAUGAGUACGAUCAUACCUCCCGUUCCGCUAGCCAACCCAGAAAACCAAUUCCGAUCAGACUAUAUCAAGAGUAUAGCUCCUAUCACCGACUUUGAAUAUUCCCAGGAAUUCUUCGAUCAUGUGAAGAAGCUCUGGGAUGAUGAAGGCGUGAAGGCGUGCUUUGAGAGGUCCAACGAGUAUCAGCUAAUCGACUGCGCGCAAUACUUCCUGGAGAGAAUCGACAGUGUCAGUUUGGUGGACUACACACCCACAGACCAGGACCUUCUCAGAUGCAGAGUCCUGACAUCAGGAAUUUUCGAGACCCGAUUCCAAGUGGACAAAGUAAACUUUCACAUGUUCGACGUGGGUGGCCAGAGGGACGAGAGAAGAAAAUGGAUCCAGUGCUUUAACGACGUCACGGCUAUCAUUUACGUGGCGGCCUGCAGCAGCUACAACAUGGUUAUUCGGGAAGAUAACAAUACCAACAGGCUCCGAGAGUCCCUGGACCUCUUUGAAAGCAUCUGGAACAACAGGUGGUUACGGACCAUUUCUAUCAUCUUGUUCUUAAACAAACAGGAUAUGCUGGCAGAAAAAGUCUUGGCAGGGAAAUCAAAAAUUGAAGAUUAUUUCCCAGAGUAUGCAAAUUAUACUGUUCCUGAAGAUGCAACACCAGAUGCAGGAGAAGAUCCCAAGGUGACCCGGGCUAAGUUCUUUAUCCGAGACCUGUUUUUGAGGAUCAGCACAGCCACAGGGGAUGGUAAACAUUACUGCUACCCACACUUCACCUGCGCUGUGGACACUGAGAACAUUCGCAGGGUGUUCAACGACUGCCGUGACAUUAUCCAGAGAAUGCACCUCAAACAGUACGAACUCUUGUGAGGCAGCCCUGGCGGGGAGGGGGGAGGGGGCGCGCCUUCUCGCACCUUCUCUCUGCCCGCCUCGCCUCCCCUGGCCACCCUGCCAGGUGGAGCAUUUACUCCAGCACUGUCACCCCCAAGCCGUGGUCAAAAGUAGGCAGUUCCCAGUCUCAUCCAGCUGCCACCUGUCCUGUUCUGUGUUCGCUCCUGUGUGACCACCAAGCCUCUGGCUACCUCUGUUCCCCUCGGGUUUGGUUUGUAGCUUUCCUCUUCACUGAGCACAACCUUCCCCAGCGUCCCCACUUGUACCCAUCUGUGUCACUGCAGACACCACUGUCACGCAGUGGGGUGCUGCAGUGAAGUCUCUCUGGGCGAGGGCCCCUCUUAUUCAUCCACUCAGUGCUUUAUUGAUUCAGCAGGAGCUUGAUAAAUGGGGGAGCAAUGGCCCUUUUUUCCAAAUGAUCAAGCAUGAUUUGUAGAAGCAGGGGAACGAUACAGUCAGGUGGAUAAGUGGCCUCCCUUUCGGAGCUGAGUCGGCCCAAGAGCGAGGCCAGACCUCAAGUCACAGAGUGGAGGGAAAUCCUCUUUUCAGUCCUCUUUGAGUCACUGCCGACCUCAGGCAUUACAUUGGACCUACUUGGAGCCUUUUACAUUUAGGCAGAAAACCUACCACAUGCACCGCUGUCCUGUCUCAAAAUGAUUCUCUAGACUUUGAUUAUGCUUGGACAAGAGUCUCCUUCCAUACCUUGUUGUUGUUGUUGUUGUUGUUGUUUUAUGGCUGGUUUAUAGUAACUGUACAGACCACCAAAUGUAAUAUUAUUUUAUAUAACUCCUUCAAAAGUCCUUGUAGGUCUUUGUGCCUUGAUUACGGCUCUAUCUGUAAAGAAACCAUGUUUUUAUCGUGAACAGCUAAAUGUCAACAUUACCUGCUGCUUGCUCUAAAAAAGAGAAUGGUAUCUGUAGGAUUUAGAAUAUUUUAUCAGGUUAGUGCUUUUAAAAAUAUCCUUGAUUAAAUAUAUAUAUACACACACAUAUAUAAUUAUACACAUGAAUUAGUCACAUCUUACAAUUUUGUACCCACAUCACAAGCUUCUUACAGAAACCAAGGAUUUUCUUUUCCUCCAAACAAUACCUUUUGAAUUUUUGCAAUUUAAAGACUUUUACAAGCCCUCUGAGUAGAAACAGGCCAAGCAUUCCCUUAGUCGAAGCUUUUGCACCACUCAUUUGACCAGUUUCUAUUGUAAGCAAAUAGCUAGAAGGAAACAGAGGACGUCAGUGUCUGUGUCCAGUCUAAGAAUCAAAGGAUGGCAUCUCCAUUUGCCCCUUGAAGAAGAAAUAUUACGAAACCUUUAUUUGAAAUGUGAAAUGCAGAGCCAAAAACCUAUGGCUGUUUCUCACACAGGAAAGACUUGCAAAUGCAGCCUUAUAAGUUAUAGUAUGGUACAAGAUCUAGAAAGCAAGAAUUACUAUAGCAGUGAUGCUUUACAUGUUCUGUCCACAGCCAGGCUUGGAGGGCAGUUUUCUUGGGUCCAAGAUAACCUGCAGAGAUAUCCAAAGUUCUAUUUCAACAAUACAAAUCCAGAAGUGACAGCCUCACUGACGUCACUUCAUUUCCUUUUAGUCUUUAAUAUCUUAAAGUUUACUCUGGAAGGCAGCAUUUUAUAAUCCUUUAUAUUUUAGUAUAUGUGCUGCCGAAGCGAGCACUUAUAAUCCUUUAUAAAUGCAUCCAGAUUUAAAUUCGACUUUUCCAGGAAAGAGAGGAUGACAACUUUCCAGAUGAUCGAUCAGGGUAAUAAACACAUAAUUUACAUCAGCCUCACUCAAUUCUGCACCUCUCAUCCUUGUUGCGUAAAACCCUGAUCUGAAAUGAGACACAUAAAGUGGCAAUUAUUUUCUUUCCGUUGCGCUUUCAACGUAGAACAUGGAAGAACUCCAGAGCCACGCACCCCCCACGUGUAUCCAAAAAGCAAAGUUAUGCGCUUAUGUACAUUAUUCCUCAGCAGUCCCCCUGGGACUAAGCUUCCUAUUCAGAGACAGAGCCAGGCUCACAGAAGACACACAGAAAGAACACAUUUUAUCUGGUGGAAAAUUAUCAAAACAUAUUUAUUUUUAAAUACUAUAAGCCACUUCCCAGUCCUUUUUUUCAAGUCCCUUUGGAUCAUGGACGGGCAUUACAUUCAGAUUUUAACAGCCUGGUCUGCUGGAGAGAAAAUUAUCUUCUCUAAAAAUCCGAUUCCAUGAUUAGCACAGAAGUACAAAAGUCUGCAAAAACAUAUUCCUGCUUGUAACAUCUGUACUUUUAUUAUUUUAAGUGUACAGCUUUAUCAUAUAUAAUAGGAGUUUGUGGACCACUUCAUAAGGGGACAGAAGCAAACCCAGUGUUUGUGCACACACAACCCUGAGUGUGUUCCCGGGCCGCCGGCUCCAUCCUCGGGAAGGUAGGACAGCCUAGUGCAUGCAAGUGAUGACUUUAAUAGCUUUUACAUACUGUACAGACACGAUCUUUGAUUAUACAUAUAUUUGAUAAAAUGAGACAAGACUUGUUGUAGAGUACACGUUCCAUUUUUAUAGCAUGAGAACAGUACCGUCAACUAUUUAUUCUGCAGGAAUUUGCAUCAGUGAUUUACAGUUUCCGUGAUGUGUAUAAAGACCGCCUCCUUUGAUCUCAUCUCCCGUGAGCCCUGCCCAAGGUCCAGUUUCUUUGGCUUUGUACUUAUGACAAAAUACACAAGUCUCCUGCUCUUUACGUUGUCUUAAAUUUUCUGAGCAGGUUCCAGCCAAAAAGAAAAGGUGAGGGCAGAAGUCUGGAGUGGACUAACAGGAGGACCACCAGGAGCGCAGCGGCUACACAGUAUGUGGCCAGAACGGUAGUCUCGUGAGGCAGGUAGCACUUGGCAAGGGCGUACUCUGUGGGCGUCAUACUGCCCUAGAAAGGAAAUGAGGAGGUUAAUGCUGCAGCGAGAGCCCUCCCACAGUGCCACGCAACAGACUUAGACACAGUUGAGGCAAGGCAGCCAUCUUGGUUGAGUCAGAUGAGGCCAGGAAGUAGCUCUUCUCCCCAGAGGAAGGGGAACAGCCUUGGGCCUCCACAAGCCACCACCCACCAAGUGGAAGCACUGGUGGAGACAUGCAGGCAAGGCUCCCAGCGUGCUGAGUAGAGCUGAACCCUCCAUUGAAACUAGCCCCUGGCACAGCAGGUCCCCCCCUAUAAUGCACUGGGCAACAUGACAGAGAUGCAAGACGCAUGGAGACUUUACAUCAGUGGGCACUGAGAAACAAGGAUUACAAGGCCAUUUCUCAUGCCACUUCUGCUAAAUUAAGCAACCUGUUACCCAGAAAUGCAUGGGCCGGGGGCACCUCAGUGGUCUUUUCUUGUAAGUGUUUUUGCGGUGUGGACUGACACGGAGGAGUGGUCUCAUUCACUUUGAACUUGAAAACAUGAGGGUUUCCCUAUCUUUUCAUGAAGUAAAAGUAGCCACUAAUUGAAGUGACAUGUCAAGGGCACUUGCCAGAGCUGUAGCGUUCUCCUGACAUAAGACAAGAUGAUGGCGUCUGGCCAAUGAAGACAGGCUCCGGUUUCCUUUGAAAAUUAGACAUGCAGAGCCUCCUAUCUGAGGACCACACCAGGUCCGUGGGGUUGACGCAUUCUGUAGGAUGCCCAGCACCCACCCCACCCCCUCCAGGGCCAUGCAGCGCUUACGCAUCCCCAGAGAGGCACGAGGCAUGGGGAAAGGGGUCUGGGAAUCAAACCAAGUGCACAUGGGGAGGAGGGCAAGUUUGUAUUCACAGCGUUUGUAUGUUUUUACAGAUUGCAGCAAUUAAAUAGUUGAUUACUGUGUUGAUUUCAAUACUUCUAUGCGAGCGUUCAGAUGAAAAUAAACGUUCACAUUACCAUGA